UUCCCCUGAAAAUCCAAUUCCUAUUUAUUGUCGCACCUUACUGCAGAAGAAGAGAGAGAGAACCCUAGAAAUUCCGUGCAUUUCACUCAUUCCAGCGUUUGCAGUUGAAGAAGAUUCGAAGAAAUUGAAGCUGUAUCGUUUUUCUAUUUCCUUUGGAAGUUGAGGAUUCUAGGAAAUUUAUAGUUAGCUUUCAAAGAGAUAUCAAUUUGUUGUCUGCCUUUGGAUAUUUAUGGCGGUACUGGCUUCACAUGGCUGCUAUCGCCACAAUAUUGACUUGAUGGAUCUAGGAAGAGGAAUGGAUGAUCUCAGUUUCUCUCAAUCCAUUUCUAGUCAGAAACUUCCGAGGGGAGAGAGCUAUGCGUAUGACUUCCCAGCAGCUAAGAGAUAUUUAAGGUUCUGGGUGGAUGGCGCACAGACUGAGUUUGAGAGAUUAGGUACUAAUGGAAAAGCUUCCAAAAUGAUAUCCACAAAGGAAUUAUCAAAAAGCAGGACAACUUCCCGCACUAAAGGAGAGACGGUGAAUGGUUCAAAGCCAGUUGUUAAUGGAGCAAGUCUGGUUAAAAAAAAUACAAAUGGAGCAGUAGUUAAGUCUCAGAAGGCCACAUACUCUAAGGAGUUUCCAUUUACUGAUGCGGUAAAAGUUCUUCCUUCGGACGAAGGUUUCAGCUGGGCCAAGGAUGACUAUAAUGCCUGGCAAAGGUCUAUAGAUGUGUGGUCUUUUGUUAUUUCUCUACGCCUGCGUGUCCUUUUUGACAAUGCAAAAUGGGCAUAUAUUGGAGGCUUAACGGAAGACAAGCAGAAAACCAGAAGGAGAAAAACUGCUUCAUGGUUGAGAGAACGUGUAUUGCAGCUUGGGCCAACUUUUAUCAAACUAGGACAGCUAUCGUCAACAAGGUCUGAUUUAUUCCCAAUAGAGUUUGUUGAGGAGCUUGCCAAGUUGCAGGAUCGGGUCCCUGCAUUUUCGGCUAAGAGUGCAAGAGAUUUCAUACGGAAGGAACUGGGAGCUCCAGUUGAUGUAUUGUUCAAAGAGUUUGAGGAUCAGCCGAUAGCUGCUGCUAGUCUUGGUCAGGUACAUCGAGCUACUCUACAUAGUGGAGACAAAGUGGUUGUGAAAGUUCAAAGGCCUGGUCUGAAGAAACUUUUUGACAUUGACUUAAGAAAUUUAAAGCUAAUUGCUGAGUAUUUCCAGAGAAGUGAAACCUUGGGAGGACCAACAAAGGAUUGGAUUGGUAUAUAUGAUGAGUGCUCAACGAUUUUAUAUCAAGAAAUUGAUUAUAUCAAUGAAGGGAAAAAUGCUGACAAAUUCCGGCGGGAUUUUCGAAACGUAAAGUGGGUCCGCGUUCCUAUGGUGUAUUGGGAUUACACUGCCAUGAAGGUGUUGACCUUGGAGUAUGCUCCAGGCAUUAAGAUAAAUAAUGUGGAUGUGAUAGAUGCACAAGGCUAUAAUCGAUCUCAGAUAUCUUCACAUGCAAUUGAAGCAUACUUGAUCCAGAUACUGAAGACUGGUUUCUUUCAUGCCGAUCCUCAUCCGGGAAAUCUUGCUGUUGACAUGGAUGGAUCACUCAUAUACUAUGAUUUUGGAAUGAUGGGAGAGAUAAAAGCAUUCACCAAGGAGAGAUUACUUGAAUUGUUCUAUGCAGUUUAUGAAAAAGAUGCAAAAAAGGUCAUGCAGAGCCUCAUUGAUCUUGGAGCGCUCCAACCCACUGGAGACAUGUCAUCGGUAAGGAGAUCCGUACAGUUUUUCUUGGACAAUUCACUAAACCAGAGACCAGAUCAGCAGCAGACUUUGUCUGCAAUUGGUGAGGAUUUGUUUGCGAUAGCAAUUGAUCAGCCAUUCCGCUUUCCAUCCACUUUUACCUUUGUCCUAAGGGCAUUCUCAACACUUGAAGGUAUUGGGUAUACGCUAGAUCCAGACUUUUCCUUUGUGAAGAUUGCUGCACCUUAUGCACAGGAAUUAUUAGACAUAAGACAGAAGCAGCGCAGUGGAACACAACUCGUGGAAGAUCUAAGAAAACAAGCUAAUGAUGCUAGAACACAUACCAUCUCCAUGCCAUACAGAAUUCAGCGUAUAGAGGAGUUCGUGAAACAACUUGAGGUGGGAGAUUUGAAACUUAGAGUCCGAGUACUUGAGUCUGAAAGAGCGGCUCGAAAAGCAACUAUACUGCAGAUGGCUACUAUGUAUACAGUUUUGGGGGGAACCUUACUAAAUGUUGGGGUGACAUUCAGCAACCAAGGCAGCCCAGUUAUUGCAAAUGGAUCUUUCAUUGGUGCUGGAGUGUUCUUGACAUUGUUUAUGAGGUCCAUGCAAAGGGUGCAAAUGCUUGAUAAAUUCGAGAAGAUGAUCUGAUGAUACAUACUCCCAUUGCAAUACCUCUCUACUUACUUUCACCUAUUUUCUUCUGAUUAUUUAUGCAAGUGUUAAUGCGGGGUGCUGUCGAUAAAUCCAUGGGCUGGGUGAAAGCUUCUUUCCCUUCUUUGUGUAGCAAAUAUCAGCAUUCUUCUUCUUUCACUCCAUUGUAAUAUGUCUGUGUAAGCCAUAAAUAGCCCAUGCAAGAUGCUACAAUAUUCUUCCUCCUUCCGCUUCUCCCUUGCAUGUGUAACAUAACCCAUCUUAUUUUCUACAUUUACAGAUUGUAAUUGUUAUAUGCUGCAUGCAUACAAGUGAGCAUGCAGUCUUCUCAU